AUCCAUCUCCUCCUUCAACAACCUAUUCCUCUUAUACCCAGCCACAUUCCACUCCGCAUCCACUCCAUCCCUCCACCGACGCGUCUAAAGGCGACUAUCCCCACACGCCCACCCUCACGCUGGCGUACUACACCGAGCCCGAAUCCCUCUACCACGAAUCCCUCUACACCGGCUUCGAAAAGGUCAUCAUGAGCGAAGUGACGUUCGCCAAAAGCUACCUCGCCACGCUCGACAAGCGGCCCAUCAAAUUGCCCGCAGACCAUGCCGCCGAUCCGCGGAAAUAUCCCAAUCAGAGUCCCUUCACUCUCCCCCGCCAGACACACCCCUACCCUAAACCCUCAGGCCCGACACCCAGCCAACUAGCGCAGACUCGCACCAUCACCGCCACGCUCAAACCGAUGCGCUCCACCAGCUCGAGCGAAAGCAUUAAACUCCCCAACAUCGCGCUCGACGCCACGAUCCACGAUCUGAAGCGGGAAUACGCACAGCAGAGCGGACUACCGAUUGAGAAGAUCAAAUUGCUGCUAAACAAGAAGCCGGCGGCGGAUUUGAAGACGCUGAAGGAGCUGGGCGUUGAGGGUGAUGUGGACUUUGGGGUGAUGGUGAUGGGUGGUGCAGGGGGAGCAGCUGGUGUUGCGGGCUCUGCGAGAUCGCCGUCUCCCGCUGUAGAAGAGAAGACGUCUUCGGUCCCUCAGCCAGCAGCGGCGACGGGAGAGGACAAGAUGGAUGUCGACUCCGGCCCGGGUAGCGAAAAGGCGCAGGCUGAGGCGGAGCACAACGGCACGGAUCCGGCGGAGGAGACGGCGCGGAGCAUUCUGCAGACGGAGGAGUUUUGGGCGGACUUGAAGGGCUUCCUUGCGCAGCGGCUGCGGGAUCAGGGGCAGAGUGAGAAGUUGUCGGCGCUAUUCAGAGAAGCGUGGGGAAAGCGAUAGUUGUAGCUACUGCUGGUACUUUGACGCGACGACACGAGUGUGCCGAUGGACGAGCAUCUCCGGUCAUUUAUCUUUGAAGCUCUCACCUCGGGGGGCGGUGGAAGGACGGGCAUCUAGUAGCCUUCAUCGGAAAGAAUCAAGGAAACGGUUUCAAUGCA